AUGAAGCUCAAUAUUGUCUCCGCUCUCGCAGGGAGUACAUUCUCCGCAACAUUUGUUCGAAUCAACAUCUCCCCGAAAGAUCUCUCCGCACAUAGCAUCGCCCCAACCCUGGGUAGUGAGAUCGACCCUACCCUUCCGCAGAAUCGGGCUACUGGUGCGGAUGAGGUGUUUCUUCCGAAGCAGGGCCAGUACCCCGUGUGGUAUUUCUUUUAUGGGGAUUUGACUGUGCCGGAAAUUCUAACUGAAAGGCUGGGGUUGGAUGAAAUGCCUGUGUAUCGAAAAGCAGUGGUCAAGGGAGGGAUUUUGAGGACCUGGGGAGGGGGCAAGUAUAAGGCUUUGGUCGAUGGAGAUGCGUCGGCGAGGGUGGAAGGUUGGGCGUAUGAGGUAAGGUCUGCGGAGGAUGAGGAGAUGUUGAGGUAUUAUGAGACGGAUUUCUAUGAGGUGGUGAGGUGUGAUAUCUGUAUGGUGGAUGUUGGAGAGGUGGUUAAGGGGUUGGUUUUUAGGUUUGUUGGGGAUGUUAAUUAG